UAUCACGUGACAAGAGAGUAGGAAGUAGUGUAGUUUUUUAGUAGCGCGAAACAAAGCCGUGAAAGCACCCCGUUAUAGCGACUCUCUGAAUCAACCAUACUGUGUGGACGAACGUCGUUAAAGAACAAUCAUGAGCCUACGGAAGCAAACUCCUAGCGACUUUCUGAAACAGAUAAUUGGAAGACCAGUUGUGGUUAAACUGAAUUCAGGCGUGGAUUACAGAGGUGUUCUUGCAUGCCUUGAUGGUUACAUGAACAUCGCUGUUGAACAAACAGAAGAGUAUGUGAAUGGACAGUUAAAGAACAAAUAUGGAGAUGCAUUUCUGAGGGGGAAUAAUGUCUUGUACAUCAGCACCCAGAAGAGAAAGCUGUGAAGAUUUGCAGUUCCUUUGAAGUUGUUUAUAUUUUCUGAAGAUUUUAGGUUUUUCAGUUGUACAUUGCGCCAACAACUUACGUUAAUUGAGGUCUAAUUGCAGUAAUAGUUUUCAGUUGUAGUUUGUCCCAACGACUUCUGUUUAUUGAUGUGCAAUUGCAGUAGUAGUUGCAUUAUGUUACAAUAAAUGGUUUAAAGUA